CAAACUGAGAAGAAUCGAAUGGUGGUGUUUCAUCAAGGAUGAUAAAGGUAUGAACAGAGAACUUAUCGUACCUCAAUGUUUUUUAAAGAAAGAAUUACUCAAUCCUAUGUUGCUAUGAAUACUCUCUUUGGCUAAAGGAAACCUUUGAAAAUGAGGUAACCAAUCCCUAUGUUUAGGUGUUGUAUGGAUUUUGAUUUUGCACAAGGGUAUAAUCAUAUCGGUUUGUAAUUGGUUUUGAACUUUGGUCAAAUUUAUGUUGUGGUGUUUGACCUGUGUGUGUCUUUAGUUUUUAAACUAGUCUGAGACAACUCUGAAGUACUAAAACUCUUUUGGUAAAAUAUCAUUUUACAUAUGAUAAAAAUUGAUUUUUUCAAGAUCAUACAUGCACAUUGGUGAGUAGGAUUUAUUACACCAAUUCACCCCUGAAAAGGCCACUCGCAAGGAUAUCUAACAAUGAAGACACGGUCCAUCAGCGAAACCCAACUAUUCUACCCGAAAAUGGGUACUUCGCAGCCAGAGAUAACGAGAUUCAAGUCUACGGAUAAACAUCAAAGAGAAGGUCAUUUCGCGGUCAAUCGGUUACAUAACAAUCUGAGAUCUCCGGAGCAAAGCAUGGCAGGUACGCUCUAGAUACGCAGAGUAGUUGGAGCGAACUGAUCAGUAUAAAAAGCAAAGCGAUGAUCAUUAUUCGUCGAGCACCAUUCAAAUUACCUACUCGAGAUCUAGAAUACUGUAUCUCUAUUGUAUUUUCUUUUGCUUUGUCUUUUUUAUUUAUUGUCGAGCACCAUUCAAAUUUCAUCCUUGCUUACACAGUAUCAAAAAUGAUUUCCCAAUAUGUCAUCAGUUAUGAAACUUGCAAUUGAAUUGUGUUUAGUUAUAAAAAUUUCUCGUAAUGUUGACAAGAAAUGUUAUUCAUUGAUUAACAAAAUCAUUUUUUAGUUUUCUUAUAUACACCAUUAUAUACCAAAAAUUGAAAUAUUUAAAUUAUUUUCAUUUACAAAUUGUAACGUCUCACAAAAGUCGUCAUCCUCGAUAGUAAAAACCGUAUAAUUUUACACGUGUUUGGAUAACCGUCGAGGCGUUACAUUGCAUAUAUAUAUUUAAAAGUAUUAAAACGUGUAUAGAAAAUUGUUUAGAAUGCAAUUACAGAUUUUUUAGCUCAAACGACAAAUUUUUUUUAUAGUUGGAUAUUUUAUUUCAAUUUAACUACUCAAAUUAUUUUCUGUUUGAGUAGUAGAAUUUUUUUUUAUAGUGAAAAAAAAUGUAGAUGCUUGCAUUAGUUUAUCUAUAAUAUAUAUAUGAUAAGACCAAUUAGCUUGGAGGCAAAAAUCCUUGUAAAAGUAAAAGUGAGGUAAAAUUUUGCAGGGAGAAUAUAUGAAAGAAUUUUAGCAGGAAAAAUGAGACAAGCGUCAUGAACGUGUCAGUCGAUAAACGAGAAAGCAAAUAAUCAGUACCAGAUUCGACGUACCACAUUAAUAAACAUCAACUUUUUACUUGAAAGGCAUUUUUCAAUAUUUUUACAUCAAAUAUUUAUUUUAUUUUUGUUGCAGUUACACUCUUCUUUACUAAUCCAAUAAAUUAAAAAUAAAAUAUAUAUCACUCGAAUGCAUGCAUGUUUUCCUUUUACCAAAAAACUGCAUGCUUAUAUAUACAGAGAAAUGUCACCAUUGUAAACUCCGCCUCAUCUUCUUUUAAAAGUAUCUCCGUAAGCUCUAGUUUUCACUGACACAUCACUGCUCGCUAUUUUUCUUUCUUCCUCUUCUUCUCCCUAUAUUACUGUUCCGGGUCUUAAAACGAUGCCGGGUCCCGAAUCAGAGACUUCGACCUUCCAUGUAUUCAACCACGAUCUCCAAACGCAACUGCAAACGUAUCCACAGGAAACAGCAGUAGAGGAGCACGCACCAGUAGGCAGACAAAACUCGAUCAUGUCACUGACUCUUGACGAGAUUCAGAUGAAAAGCGGCAAGAGCUUUGGAGCAAUGAAUAUGGACGAGCUCCUCGCGAACAUGUGGAUGACUGUCGAGGAAAACAACGGCGGGGGAGCUGGCGCCCAACAGGAUGGGGAGAAACCGACCAUACUGCCACGUCAAGGUUCGUUGUCAGUCCCCGUACCUUUGUGCAAGAAAACCGUCGAGGAAGUUUGGUUUGAGAUACAAAACGGCGUACAACAGCCACCACCGUCGUCAAUUGCCGGUCAAAACCCCGACGAAGAUAAUCGCCGGCAACAAACCCUUGGUGAGAUCACGCUUGAGGAUUUUCUUGUUAAGGCUGGGGUUGUUCAAGAACCAUUAAAAACAACGAUGAAGAUGUCGAGUUCUGAUUUCGGUUAUAAUCCGGAGUUCGGAGUCGGUUUACAUUGUCAAACCCAAAACAAUUAUGGUGAUAACCGGACAGUUUACAAUGAAAAUCGGCCAUUUUACUCGGGUAUGGGAGAAUCCUCAAGCUGUAUGACCGGAAGUGGGAGGAGUGAUCAGUACUUAACCGGUUUAAAUGCUUUUCGGAUCCAGAAACGAAUAAUUGACGGUCCACCCGAGAUAUUGAUGGAGCGGAGACAGCGACGGAUGAUUAAAAACCGCGAAUCUGCGGCACGGUCUCGAGCCCGGAGACAAGCGUAUACUGUGGAGUUGGAGUUGGAAUUGAACCAACUCACGGAAGAAAACAUGAAGCUGAAGAAAAUUGUGGAAGAGAAUGAUAAGAAAAGAAGGCAAGAGGUGAUGAACAGAAGUACUCAAAUUACCAAAGAGAAGAAUGGAGACAAAUUAAGGAGGAUUCGCAGGAUGGCUAGUGCUGGGUGGUAGAUUAGAGUUUGUGUAAUAUGUAUAUCUAUAAGAUCAUUUCCAUCUAUACAUAUUUUAUAUAUACUAUAUAUAUUAUUUUGAGACAACCGCAAAAUAUGUAUAUGUGAUCAUCUUUUUUACCAACAAUCAAGACAUUUUUUUUCAAAUAUUACCUAAAAUUUUAAGUCAAACAUAAAAAUAAUCCAUGCUUUUUUCGAAACUUUUUUUUUCUGUUCACCCUAUAAGUUUGAGUUAUUCACGAAAAUGUUAUUACAUUUUUUUUUUUUUUGAAAAAGAUUAUUUUACCUUAUCAUCUUCAUCUUUACCAAAUAUUUACAAUAUUGUCAUUACCAUCAAUACACUAACCACCAUGAACAACCAAUUUAAAGCUUUUAGUGUACCAAAGUUUUCAAUUUUUAUUCUUCAUAUCUCAUUGAUUAUGCACACAUAUCACAUCUCUUUCACUCUCUCUUUAAAUUCAUCAAAAAAAAAUUAAAAUUUUGAUUCCAAGCUUUGUAAGGUUCAUAGAGACAUUGAAAGUCAUGAUUCGUGGUCAUUAACGACUUAGUAGAUUUUGUAGUUAAGUUAUGGAUGCUUGGAGAAGCAAAACAAGUAAUCUCACAAGCUCAAAUUAUGAUAUCAUUUUUUCAGAUCUGUUCGCGAAGACUUCGGGAAGACUUUCAGAAGACUUUGCUAGAUGUAUUCUCCAUCAAGAAGACUUCUAGGAACUUUUCUUUACUAAGAAAAAAAAACAAAAAUCUCAGAGAAGUCUUCUCGGAUAAAUAGGUUAGUUUUGCAAUUUACAGAAGUUUGUCAGAAAUUUGACUUUCUAUAGAAGACUUCUCGGGAAAAACUUCUAUAGAAGUCUUCUAAGAGUUUUCCCGAAGUCUUCUUAUUUUCGAAAGAAGUAUGUGUAGGUUACUUUUGCAAUUGAAAAGUAAUAGUAAAACAUUAUGAAGUCUUCUCAAAUUCUAUUUCGUGUUUUGGUCAAACCUUUGGUUGCAAGAGAAAAAUUCUAUAGAAGUCUUUCUAUAGAUGUCUUCCGACAGAAGACUUCUAGAGAAGUUUUCUCUGCAAAAGUCAAAUAUAGUCAAAUUGCAAAACUAUUUUAAGUAGACUUCUUGCGACAUUGAGAAGACUUUCAGAAGACUUCUUCUCUGAAAAAACUUCCCGAGAAGUCUUCUAUAAAAAAUCAAGUUUAUGACAAAAUUUAGUCAAUUGCAAAGUAACCUGUUUAUCUCAGAAGAUUUCUCUAGCAUUUUCGAGAAUAUUUCAAAUUCAAAAUUAAGCCAAUAUUUACAAAGGAAUACUUCUUAAGAAGUCUUCCUUCGUAAAUUUUAAAUCGCAAAAAUGACCUAAAUAGAAGGCUUCUACGUCAAUGUUUAAUAAAUUUUUAUUUUCUCUACAAUUAAAAUGACUUUUUAAUAUUUUCUUACUAAUUCAUGUGUAUUAGUCAAUAUUGGGGCUCCUGGAUGAAAUUCAUAACAUAUUUGGUGAUAAUAAUGAGAUUUCAAAUAUAUGUUUACUAAUGUUUUUAGCUAAUCCGAGAAGUAUUCUGCGUUAGAAUUUCAAGAGUGCUAAGUAAUUUCAAGGUAUAUUUUUUUAACUUUCAAAAGUGUUAAGUAACAUCAAAAAUAUCAAGUCAUGUGGUUUAAUGUGUCUUUUUAGAUUAUAAGGUAUAAUUUUUAACUUACAUGAGAUUUUAAAUUUUAACUUUCACAUAAAAUUUAAGUUUGAUCUUUUGUGAUUUUGACCAAGUUUUCUUGUGAAGUCUUCUCUCUUAGUUUUAGUAAAUUUGACUAAGUUUUUGUGUUGUUGUGUUUUGUUAUGAGUGGAUAGAAUGGUUAAAAAAAAUUAUUGGUAUGUUGUCAAGUACUUUGGGAAAAACAUGAACAUAUAUACCAAAUUCUUUUGAUUAACAUCUCUUCAAGUUUACAAAAAAUUCAAAACUAAAAUAGUACACAUAAAAAUCAUUAAACAAACCAUAAACAAAACUAUUACACAUGGAGCUAGAUAUCAUUCCUCAACAUAUAUAAGCUUGAAAUCCACUUUACAUCAUUCUUUUGUACCACUUUGGACAGAAGACUUCGGAAGACUUCCCGAAUAAAAUACAUUAGAAGACUUCCCAAGAAGUCUUCCAAGAGUCUUUUGAGAGUCUUCCAAGAAUCUUCUGAGAAGUCUUCCAAUGUCUGACUCAGAUCUGAAAAAAAAUUGCAUAUUCAAAAGCAUUUAAAUGACUUCAAGAUAGAGAAAGCUUCAAAAACAACUUUUUUAUGCUUAAAUAAUAAACAAAACAAUCACAUUAGGUUGAAUCUAUAACUUUUUAAAAUCUAAUAUAUAAAACACGCAAAACACGUAUCCAAAAUUUGAAUCACUUUGGGCAUAAGACUUUAGAAGACUUCGUGGACUUCCCACAAAGUCUUCUAGCAUAAAAUCCAUUAGAAGAUUUUUCAAGAAGUCUUCCGAGAGUCUUCUGAGAAAUUUUCCAAAGUGUGAUUUAGAUCUGAAAAAUCUGCAUAUUCAAAAAUAUUCAAAUGUCUUCAAAACAGAGAAAGUUUCAAAAAUAAAACUUUUAUGCUUAAAUAAUAAACAAAACAAUCAAAUUAGGUUAAAUCUAUAACUUUUUAGAAUUUAAUAUAUAAACACACACAAAAUACAUAUCCAUAACUUGUACCAUUUUAGAUAGAAGACUUCGGAAUACUUUCUAAGUCUUCUAACAAAAAAAACGCAUUAGUAGACUUGUCUAAAGUCUUCCGAGAGUUUUCCGAGAAGUCUUUCAAAGUCUAUCUCAGAUCUGAAAAAUCUGCAAUUUAAAAAACAUUCAAAUGACUUCAAAACAGAGAAAAGCUUCAAAAAUAUAAUUUUAUGAUUAAAUAAUAAAUAAAACAGUCACAUUAAGUUGAAGCUAUAGCAUUCUGGAAUCUAAUAUAUAAAACAUACAAUAAUACAAUAUCGAAAUUUAUAGAUCUACCUUUGAAGGAGUAAAAGAUGAGAACCAUGUAAUAAAAAAUCUGCAAAAAAAAAGAUAAUUUUUUUUUUAAGAAGAUAAAUUAGUGAGAAGAUAUAAGAAAAAUAUGAGAAAUGGAUUUAAAGUUUGGUGUUUUGAUAUUCAAAGAGAUUAGAGAGGGGUUGGAGAGUUUUAGAAUGAGAAAUAUUACAUUUUUGUUGCAACCAUUUGAGAGGAAGAAAAAAAAUGUGUAAAAGUCUUCUAGACUCUAAAAUCAAAUACAUGAGAAGACUUUUGGAAGACUUCGCUUUAGGCGGGAAACUAAAAUUCUACUAAAAUAUAGGUGGGAAUAUGUCAGAAGACUUUUUGAGAAGUCUUCUGGAAAUAUGUCUGAAAAGUCUUCUAGAAGUUUUUCAAACCAUAACCUAAUCAAAUCCCCUAUAUAUUAACAGAUAAUCCGCAAGUUUGUAUUAAUUAAAAAAGAGUCGUGCUUAGGUGUCACUUAAUUACAAUGUCAAUUUGGCUUCCGUGACAUUAUAAAAAUCAAUUGAAAAAUUAGUAAGUCAAAAAUCCAAUUGCUAAAAAAACUAUAUUAAUCCAAACAUAAAUAUAUAUGAUAUAAUAAACUUAAUACUCAACGAUCUCAUUAAAUGAGACUUUCUUUAAAUGACUCAAAGUUGAUUUAUAUUGUGAUCCAAUAUAAUAAUUAUUUUUUAAAGUGUAAGGUAUACUCUUAGUCUGUAUUACUUGGACAACAAUUUAAAUCAAUGUUUGCUAUAGUAUGGUCUAAGUAUUGCAUGUUUUUGCUAUAAAUUGGGAAGUAAUAAUUUUUUUAAGUUUUGUUUUUUUAUUAAUAACAAAGAGGCACCUUGACAGGACGCAGCUAUACAAUUUUUUUUGUUAAUAAAAGAAAAAAAAGAAGAAUAUUGUUCGGUUCUCAAGUUUUCCUCACCUAUAGAAAUUUAUAUAAAGAGUAAUACAAAAAUUAAGUUGUUUUGUUAUUACCAAACGAACUUAUAUAUCAAUUAUUUUUCCUUGCAACACAAUUCUUUAGAAUUUAAAUUAUGAAGUUUAUAUUGAAGAUUAAGUAAAAGCUUUGACACCUGCCUAAUUGUUUUUCAUAGUCUAGGACAACAAUAAUAAUGACCUUUCGUAGUCGUUAAUGAUAUAUAUCACGUUAACCUAAUUUUCAUCCUAUACAAAAUAUCGGUUCCAAAUAAUACUAUCAUCUUUAUAUAUUUGGACCUUAAGUAUAAUAAUAGUCGGGCUGAAAUUUUUUAUGUUAUGUUAAUGUGGUCCAUAACCAAACUAUACUUCAAAUUAUAAGCUUAAUCCAAUUUGUAAUUGUCUUUUUAAUAUAUUAAUUUUCCAUCUUAUGUUAUCAAAAAGAAAGUAAAAAUCUGAUAUUCCAAAAAAUUAGUGUAACUUUAAAAUCGAAAAAUAUAUAAUUUUAUUUACGGAUAAGUUAGUAAAAGAAAAUAUUCAAAUGUAUCGGUUUAACAUAUAGAUGAUUAUAUACACAAUCAAAAAUUGUAUACAUAUAAAAACAAUUCAAUCAUAUAUAAAUCUUAAACUUCUCAAUACAAUAUGUUUAAUUAGAAAACAACUACUUAUUUCGGAUUAUCUAUAAUUGAUGUCUCUUAAAUGUUUUUUUCUAAUUCAAUUGAGUCGAAGGAGGAUCAGUCGUAAACUGUCGGUAUUAUUAUCGUUAGAAGACAAUAAAAAUCCUAAAAUUUGAACCAAAUAUUUGCGAUAUAGAAUUUUAGAAUCAAGCUGUUUUGGUAAGUUUAAAUUAAUUGUUUAUAUACCAGGAUAUUUAAAUAAAUAAGAAACGUUUCCACCAAGUCAAUGUGUUCACCGAUUUUUUUAACUUGGUACAAAAUUUUGUAGAAGUUCUAUAUGGUACGUUUAAUUAAAGAUAAUAAUAUACUUUGUCACCAAGUCUAUAAUUUCGAUCAUUGAAAACAACUUGCCAAAUAUGUUUGUGGUAGUUAUUAAAAAUUUACAUAAAUAUUGGUUCAAUGUAUCACGCUAAAAUACAGUUUCUAGAUAAAUGCUAAUUAUUUUAAUUUUCCAAAUAAUCCGAAAACCUACCUAUGCCUAUAAUAUAUAUACGGUUGAGUUUUUUUCCUUAGAAACACCAUCAAUCUUUUCACAACUCUUAAUUUAUGAUUAUCGAAGUAUCAAUGAUAGCACAUUUUAAUUGUUUGAUUUGGGCUUCUAUAUUUUUUCAAUGUGUACCAAAUAUUUAUAGUCAGUUAAUUAUUCUAUAUUGAGAAAAGAAUAAAUACAAAAUAUAUUUUGACCACAAGAACACAAGUAUCAGAAAUCAUCAAAUUUUACAAUAUGAAAACAUAAUUUUUUUAAUAAAUAUUUCACCAUGCGCAAGGCUCAUGUCUUUUCCUAGUAAUUAACUAAAUAGCCAAAAAUAAUUCAUUAAACUUAAAAUGAACUUAUAUAGCGUUUAAUACACAAAACUAAAUACAUGUAGGUCAAAACAUUUUUUAAAAGUUAUGAUUCUAAAAUCAAACCAUAAAUACAAACAAUACUAUAUAACAUAUGUUACUAACACCCUAAACCAAAGUCUUCUAGGAGAUUUCCAGACCCUAUAAUCAAAUAACUAAGCAAAAACACUUCCUAAACUUAAAAAAGAACCUUAGAAAAUGUUUAAAUCAAAUAAUUAGAUAGUCACUAAACACAUAUAUGUCAAACUAAAAAAAUUAAAAAUUUAAUAUUUCAAAAUUUAACCCUAAAAUACCAACAAUACUAUAACAUAUGUUACAAAAUCCUAAACCGAAGGCUAUCAUGAUUCAAUCUAUAUUCUCAUUCAUCUAUGUUAAAAAUAAUUCAAAUUCAGUAAAACUAAAUUUCCAUCAUUUAGAAUUGUUUAUUAAUACAUGAUUUAGAUUUUUUCUCUUUCAAAAUAUUUUUUAUAAAAUUUAUUAAUUACUUUUAAGUUCUAAUACAUGAGAAGACUUCCCUAAAAAGACUUCUGGAAGACUUCGAUUUAAGCGAGAAACCUAAAUUAUUUUAAAAGUUAGGCGGAAACCCUAAAUUCUACUAAACUUUAGGUGGGAUAAGUCAUAAGACUUCUUGGAAAGUCUUUUGUGAGUCUUCGAGACCCUAUAAUCAAAUAACUAAACAAAAAAAAAACACUUCCUUAAACUUUUAAGAUACUUAGAAAGUGUUUAAAUCAAGUUAUUAGAUAGUCAUUAAACACAUAUAUAUCAAACAGUACAAAAGAUAAGAUUUCAAAAUCUAACCCUAAAUAUACCAACAAUGUUAUAACAUAUGUUACCAAACCCUAAACCAAU